AAAAUUCAACUCCAGACAGCAGUCCUCUUCCAUUCUUAACUCGGUGAAACGAGCGAAGAACAGCAAGAUGUCGGAUCAAUCCAUUUUUGAUACAGAUGUGUGGACUCUCACACGCUUCAUCAUGGAGACGGGGAGACAAGCUAAGGGUGCAACUGGGGAAUUAACCCAGCUUAUCAACGCCAUGCUAACAGCUAUCAAAGCCAUUUCAUCUGCUGUGAGGAAAGCUGGACUCGCUCACCUUCAGGGUAUUGCUGGGCAUAUUAACGUCACUGGCGAUGAGGUGAAAAAGCUGGAUGUGCUGUCUAAUGAUCUGGUCAUCAACAUGCUGCAGGCCUCUUACAGCACUUGUGUCCUCGUCUCUGAGGAGAACAAAGAAGCCAUUAUCACCCCUGCAGAGAAACAGGGUAAAUAUGUGGUGUGUUUUGAUCCACUGGAUGGCUCCUCCAACAUUGACUGUUUGGCACCUAUAGGCACCAUCUUUGCCAUCUACAAAAAGGUUUCAGAAGAUGAGCCCACAGAGAAGGAUGCUUUCCAGCCAGGCAAUCAAAUAGUGUGUGCAGGCUAUGCGCUGUACGGCAGUGCGACUAUCGUGGCUCUCAGUACUGGAGCUGGACUCAACUUAUUCAUGCUAGAUCCAGCCAUCGGUGAAUUCAUCCUGACAGAAAGAAAUCUGAAGAUUAAGAAGAAGGGGAAGACCUACAGCUUAAACGAAGGCUAUGCCAAGUACUUCGAUCCUGCAGUGACUGAGUACAUAAAACACAAGAAAUUUCCUGAGGAUGGCAGUGCUCCAUAUGGUGCUAGAUACGUGGGCUCCAUGGUUUCAGAUGUACAUCGUACCAUUGCUUAUGGCGGCAUCUUCUUGUACCCUGCCAAUGAGAAGAGCCCCAAAGGAAAGCUGCGGCUCCUGUACGAGUGUAACCCCAUCGCCUUCCUAGUGGAGCAGGCUGGAGGAAUGGCCACCACAGGCACACAGCGAGUCCUGGAUGUGAAGCCUGAGGCUGUGCAUCAGAGGGUUCCUUUCGUAGUGGGGUCUCCAGAUGAUGUGGAGGAAUACCUGUCCUUUGUUAAAAAAUAUCAGAAAUAGAGUUCUUCCGAUAGAUAUCUGAUCUGUUCACGGCUGUCUAAUCAGCAGUUUAGCUAUGUUUAAUUCUGAUCCUGCCAGUAAAUUAUGAAUCUCCUCACACGUCUUAAUUUGUGGAUUAAAAAACGCUUUGCUCUAAUAAUCUCAAAAACAUGGUUUUUAUGUUAGUGCUGGUAUUAGUGACAUUUCAUUAAUUGUACUGUAACAUCCAGAGU